CCUCCUAGGCUGAUAGGAGUUAAAAUGGCCGCCGUGAGGCCGCCUGGGCCUGUCUCCCAUCACUAUAUUCCCGUUCUUUUGUGGACGGGAAGGUGAAGAAGGUCCGGAGGGGCGCUGCUUGCGGUGACCCGAUUUGGAAGGAAGGAGGAAGAUGGGCUCUCAAACGCUGCAGAUUCUCCGACAGGGAGUGUGGGCUUCCAUCACCGGUGGCUGGUACUACGACCCUCACCAGAGCACCUUCGUUAACACCCUACACCUUUAUAUUUGGCUCUUCCUACUCUGCUUCCCAUUCACUCUGUAUAUGGCACUCUCCUCUUCUCUGGUGAUUGUUGCAGUAUACUGCCCUGUGGUAGCUGCUAUUUUCAUAGUAUUGAAGUUGGUAAACUACCGUCUGCACAGAGCUCUGGAUGAAGGAGAGAUUGUGGAGAGAAGUGUCAGUGAGCUGACUGAGCGGGCAGCAAAGGCAGAACGUAGUGACAGCUCGGCUAGAAGAGAAGACAGUAAUGGACCCGGUGAUCCAGGUGGUGGGAUUGAGAUGUCAGAAUUUGUAAGAGAAGCUACUCCUCCUGUUGGGUGCAGUUCUCGUAAUUCUUAUUCUGGAUUGGACCCAAGCAAUCAGGUUGGACUGUCUAGGUACGGAGCCGCAUCUGCAAGCAAAGGAGAUACAGAUGCUGCAAAGACAUCGGAUGACAUCAGUCUGAGCCUUGGGCAGAGCUAUAGUUUAUGCAAAGAAGGAAGUGAAGACCAAGAUUUGACUGCGGAUCAGAAGCUCUUUCGUCUGGUCUCGAAUGAUUCUUUUGUCUCCAUUCAGCCUUCAUUAUCCUCUGGAGGCAAGGAUUUAGCUCGGGAUUACAGCGACAGGGGAUCUGUCUCAACACACAGUCACAAUCACCAUGUGGAUUUGUCUCUGUCAAAUGCUUGUGAUACAGAAAUUGCAUCAUUGGUUCCAUUGCAUUCACAUUCAUACAGGAAAGACCAUCGACCAAGAGGUGUCCCAAGGACUUCAAGCUCUGCUGUUGCAUUUCCAGACACUUCCCUUACGGAUUUCCCACUGUAUCAACAAAGACGUGGGUUGGAUCCGGUUAGUGAACUUGAAGCUUCCAAACUGCAUUCUGGGUCCAAAGAUUCUCUAAUUGAUAAUGCUGGGGCUUCAGGGAUUUUUCAGUUAGAUUGUCUGAAAAGUAAAGGAGCGCAACAACUUUCAAGAAAUGGUAGUGUGAAACAUAUUAAAUCUGAUAAAAGUAUAGAUAGUUUAAGAAGUUUAAGCACCAGAAGCAGUGGUUCAACAGAGAGUUACUGUAGUGGGACAGAUCGGGACACAAAUAGUACUAUUAGCAGCUAUAAAAGUGAGCAGACAAGUUCGACCCAUGUUGAAAGCAUUUUGUCAGAACAUGAGGAUGUUUCUGCUGCAAAAAGAACGAACUGUAGUGAUCAGGAAGACGACCAUAGCUCAGCUACUGAUAAAAGGACUAGUAGUGUGAAGACUGCUGUAGAAAGAAAUACUGCUCAGGAAUCCAGGGAUGCCAACACAUCUGAUGAUGUGCAGAGUCCAAGGGGUCUUAGUUCAUCUACAUCAGAAGAAGCCAAUAAGAACCCCCAUGCAAAUGAGCUAACUGCUCAGUCUGACUGGCUUCCAGGGACCCUCUCAGAGAAUUUAGAUGAGCAGGGUGAGAAACCAGUGAUAUUAGUAGAUUUAAGAUCCUUUAAGGAAACGGGUAUUAGGCAGCGGGAUAAUGAUGUAAGACCCAAAUCAUCUAGCUUAAUACACCGCACAUCAUCCGCUCAUAAAUCAUGCAGGAGAAGAACAGGUAAAAAACGAGCCAGCAGUUUUGAUGCAAGUAGGCACAAAGAAUAUGUUUCCUUUCAAGGCAUAGCUGAUACCAAACCUCAUAGUGCUGGUUUUUGUCAUGAUGAGGAUUCAAGCGACCAAAGCGACUUGAGCAGGACCUCAAGUGUGCAGUCGGCUCACCGUUUCAGCAGUGAUAGCUCUUCCAGCGCUACUUCCCAUUCAUGUCAGUCUCCGGAAGCCAGAUAUAGUGCUCUAAGGACGAAAUAUCACUUUAAAGAAAAAUGCACAGAUACACAUCGAUCUCAUCUAAAUUGUGAAGGAACUAGCAAAAAGCGAUCCACCCGCAGGACUUCCAGUACAAGUGGUACAAAGAGUCGUGGCAGAGUUUUAAGCUUGGAUAGUGGUACUGUAGUUAGCUUAAGUGAUGCCAACAGGCUGGCAGCUCCAGAAAGUGUCAAACCAUUAACCACUUCUAAAUCAGAUCUAGAGGCCAAAGAGGGGGAAGUGCUAGAUCAGUUGUCUCUGUUAGGAAGAGCAUCACAGUUAGAAUCUGUAACACGUUCACGAAAUAGUUUGCCCAGCCAGGUUACGUUUCAAGAUGCAGAAGAGAGAGAAGCAGCUGUUGCAGAUGAUUUCAGAUGGUUCCGAGUAGUGCAUUGCUUCUCCUUCAACAAAGGAUUACAAGAGAAUGAAGCAAAUUUGAUAAGAGCACACACCAGUGAGGAGACUGUAACAUUUCGCCGUGAACGCAGCACAUUUAGGCGCCAGGCAGUACGGCGCCGGCACAAUGCUGGGAGUAAUCCUACUCCUCCUGCAUCACUCAUCGGAUCACCCCUCAGCCUUCAAGAUGGUCAUCAAGGCCAGCAGUCAACAACCCAGGUCAAAGUCCAGUCCCGCCCCCCUUCCCAGGCUGCAAUGCUCAGCGCUAGCGCCUCCUUGCUGGUGAGAAAUGGGAGUGUCCACUUAGAAGCAUCACAUGACAAUGCAUCUGCUGUAGGCAGUAGCAGUUUGCACGAUGAACUUGGUAUGCAGGCCUUAUGUAACCUUGGUGACAUGGAAGUAUUAAUGCAGCACAUUUUGGGUAAAUUCACACCUUCUCUCUAUGAAACUGGUGGCUGUGAUAUGUCCCUAGUAAAUUUUGAGCCCACUGCAAGGAGAACAUCAAAUAACCUCUGUGACACAGAUUCCCAUGUCUCAAGUUCUACCUCAGUUCGAUUCUACCCACAUGAUCUAAUACGACUGAAUAGGCUGCUGACUAUAGACACAGACCUAUUAGAGCAACAAGAUAUUGAUCUAAGCCCAGAUCUGCAGGACCAUAUGCAACCACAGGAACAGGCUGCUCAUAAAGCAAAACACUACUACCGUUUCUGGAUUUUGCCCAAGUUAUGGAUUGGCAUCAACUUUGACAGGCUAACUCUCUUAGCCUUGUUUGAUAGGAACAGAGAGAUUUUGGAAAACGUACUGGCCAUCAUCCUUGCCAUUCUUGUUGCCUUUCUUGGCUCCAUUCUUCUCAUAGAAGGCUUCUUCAAAGAUAUCUGGGUCUUCCAGUUUUGCCUGGUUAUAGCCAGUUGUCAAUAUUCUCUGCUAAAGAGUGUACAACCAGAUUCUUCUUCUCCUAGACAUGGCCAUAAUCGUAUCAUAGCCUAUAGUAGGCCUGUUUAUUUCUGUGCCUGUUGUGGCCUUAUUUGGUUACUGGAUUAUGGAAGCAAAAACAUGUCAGCCACCAAAUACAGAUUAUAUGGAAUGGCCUUUACGAACCCUCUGCUCCUCAUCUCUGCUCGGGAUAUAGUAAUUGUGUUCACCCUUUCUUUUCCAGUUGUCUUUUUUAUCGGCCUCUUACCUCAGGUCAACACUUUUGUCAUGUAUCUAUGUGAACAAGUGGAUAUACACGUGUUUGGAGGCAAUGCAACCACCAGCUUGAUGGCAGCAAUCUACAGCUUUAUCCGUAGCAUUGUGGCAGUAGCUUUACUCUAUGGGCUUUGUUAUGGUGCUCUAAAAGAUCCUUGGGAUGCCCAGCACAUUCCUGUAUUAUUCUCAAUUUUUUGUGGUGUUUUAGUUGCCGUUUCCUACCAUCUUAGCAGACAAAGCACUGACCCAUCUGUUCUCAUAAUGAACGUCUCCAGUCAGAUUUGGUGGUCUGCGUAGCAAUAUCAGUCUUGUAUUUUGCAAUUCAUGUUAGCACAGUGUUUACAGCUUUGCAGCCCAUUUUGAGCUAUGUUCUCUAUGCACUUGUUGGUUCAGUUGGAUUCUUAACUCACUAUGUCCUACCACAAGUACGCAAGCAACUUCCCUGGCACUGCUUCUCUCAUCCUCUGCUAAAAACAAAGGAAUAUUAUCAGUUUGAAGUCCGAAAUGCUGCUCACAUGAUGUGGUUUGAGAAGGCACAUGUCUGGCUCCUUUUUAUGGAGAAAAAUAUCAUCUACCCAUUAAUAGUUCUCAAUGAGCUUAGCAAUGGUGCUAAGGAUAUAGCUAGCCCUAAGAAACUGAACACAGAGGUUGGAGCAUUGUUGAUAACAAUUGCUGGAAUGAAGUUGCUGAGAUCAUCUUAUAGUAGCCCUACCUGCCAGUAUGCUACAGUCAUAUUCACAGUCCUCUUCUUUACUUUUGAUUACAAGGAGUAUUCAGAAAAAUUGCUGCUAGAUCUUUUCUUUAUGUCUAUCAUCUUCAGCAAGCUUUGGGAAUUAUUUUAUAAAUUGCGUUUUGUUUACACCUACAUUGCCCCUUGGCAGAUCACAUGGGGAUCAGCAUUCCACGCUUUUGCACAACCUUUUGCUGUACCUCAUUCUGCAAUGCUGUUUGUCCAGGCAGUUGUUUCAGCUUUAUUUUCAACGCCGUUAAACCCUUUUCUAGGGAGUGCAAUAUUUAUCACUUCAUAUGUACGGCCUGUCAAGUUCUGGGAGAGAGAUUACAACACAAAGCGAGUUGAUCAUUCAAACACAAGACUGGCCUCUCAACUUGAUAGAAAUCCAGGAUCAGAUGAUAACAAUCUGAAUUCAAUUUUUUAUGAGCACCUGACACGCUCUCUACAGCACAGCUUGUGUGGGGAUCUCAUGCUUGGACGCUGGGGAAAUUACAACACUGGUGAUUGCUUCAUCUUGGCCUCAGAUUAUCUCAAUGCCCUGGUUCAUCUUAUUGAAAUAGGCAAUGGUCUAGUAACCUUUCAGCUAAGAGGACUGGAGUUCAGAGGCACAUACUGCCAGCAGCGGGAGGUAGAAGCAAUCACUGAAGGAGUAGAAGAGGAUGAAGGUUUCUGUUGUUGUGAGCCUGGCCAUGUACCCCAUAUGCUGUCUUUUAACGCUGCCUUUGGGCAGAGAUGGCUUGCAUGGGAAGUCUUAGUCACAAAGUAUGUUCUUGAGGGUUACAGCAUCACGGAUAACAGUGCCGCAUCUAUGCUUCAAGUAUUUGACCUGCGGAGAAUCCUUACCACAUAUUAUGUAAAGGGCAUUAUCUAUUAUGUGACUACAUCUGUGAAGCUGGAGGAAUGGUUGGCCAAUGAGACAAUGCAGGAAGGUCUCAGACCUUGUGCUGAUCACUGCUAUGUAGAUGUAGACCCUACCUUUAACCCAAAUAUUGAUGAAGACUAUGACCUACGGUUAGCUGGAAUUUCACGGGAAAGCUUUUGUGCAAGUUACCUUAACUGGAUAAAGUAUUGCUCCUCACGACGAGAAAAGCCAUUGGAUGCCGAAAAAGAUUCUGCAUUGGUGACACUUUGUUAUGGACUCUGUAUUCUUGGAAGAAGAGCCCUUGGAACAGCUUCUCAUCAUAUGUCCAGCAAUUUGGAGUCCUUCUUGUAUGGCCUACAUGCCUUAUUUAAAGGAGAUUUUCGCAUCUCCUCUAUGCGAGAUGAAUGGAUUUUUGCUGACAUGGAAUUGUUGAGAAAAGUAGUUGUUCCAGGAAUACGUAUGUCACUAAAACUUCACCAGGAUCACUUCACCUCUCCAGAUGAGUAUGACGACCCUGCAGUCUUGUAUGAAGCCAUCACAUCUCACGAACAGAACUUGGUGAUUGCACAUGAAGGUGACCCAGCAUGGAGAAGUGCUGUCCUUUCAAACUCUCCCUCAUUGCUUGCUCUGCGUCACGUUAUGGAUGAUGGCACAAAUGAAUACAAGAUUAUUAUGUUAAAUAAACGCUAUUUAAGCUUCAGAGUCAUUAAGGUAAAUAAGGAGUGUGUCCGGGGAUUAUGGGCUGGCCAGCAACAAGAAUUGGUUUUCCUUCGCAACCGUAACCCAGAAAGAGGAAGCAUCCAAAAUGCAAAGCAAGCUCUCAGGAACAUGAUAAAUUCCUCUUGUGAUCAGCCAAUUGGAUACCCCAUCUAUGUUUCACCACUGACUACAUCUUACUCAAAUAGCCAUGAUCAGCUCAAGGAAAUUCUUGGAGGACCUAUAAGUGUGGAGAAUAUCAGGAAUUUUAUUGUGUCCACGUGGCACAGAUUGAGAAAAGGUUGUGGUGCAGGGUGCAAUAGUGGAGGAAACAUUGAGGACUCUGAUGCUGGAGGCGGGACCUCCAUAAACAGUAAUAAUCCUACAAACACCACUGACUAUCAAAGCAGUGCAUUGCAAGGGGGCAUUCUAGGGGGAAUAGGGCAAGUGCAAACUACACGACUUCAGCCUCCUGGAGUGCCUCAUCCAUCAACACUUGGGACCAGCCACAGUUCCCACUCCAUGCAGUCAAGCCUUGUCAGACAUUCCCCAGCUCGUGGCUCAGUAGCUAGUCAAUCUUCUUGCUGCUACAACAGUCGUCAUUCAUCCCUCCGAACAUCUACCACGGGAUUUGUGCCUUGUAGGCGCUCUUCUACUAGCCAAAUAUCUCUACGCAACCUUCCUGCAUCCAUUCAGUCCCGCUUGUCCAUGGUAAACCAAACUGAUCCUACUGGCCAGUCAGUUGUGGUUGGCCUGCCUUCCUCUAGCAGCUCCAGUCAAAGUAUCCCAGCUUGCAAACGACACACUUUAGUAGGUUUUUUAGGGACAGAAGGAGGAAAUAAUCUAACUGAAACACAGUCAUGUGGUAAUUCAAGUCCUGCUACUCAUUCAAGAGCCAAAAAGGAAGAUGUUGUUUAUAGAGUCCAGAUUGUAGACUCAAGCCAAGUGCUUGAAGGGGUUAAUAUAUCCAAACGGAAAGAACUACAGUGGCCUGAUGAACUAGUUCGACUUAAAGCUGGAAGGAAUAGCUGGAAAGACUGGAGCCCUCAGGAAGGCAUGGAAGGCCAUGUAAGUCUCUUUUUCUUGAUUCACCUAUUUAAGUCUGCAAAACUUACAGGCAGUAAAUCAAAUAUUUACCAUGAUCAAAUAUUUGACAUGUUUUCCUUUAGGUUCUAUAGGAAAAUCCACGCACACACACCUUGUUAUACCUACACACCAAAAAAAGGAUUGAAAAGCUUGUAUAAAAUGAGCAUUCGAUUAAAUAUCCAUUCUUAA